GCUCGAAUUCCCCCGACUCACUUUUACCAAGGUCACGCACACUAUACGUACCUAUCAGUCAACAACGAAACAAUACUUUCCCUAACACUUUCGAGUUUAAAGGACCCGCAGCACCGCGAGCGCGAGGCUUUUUGCGCCGCUGCCUCGCCGCGGGACCGAGUCUCUGUGUCGGCAGGGUGUCCGGCACGGCGAGGGUUAACCGGCAGCGCGGAAGGUGCGGGACAUUCACACUUGUCGAGGCGAGAGGAAGGAAACUGGGGACCGGGGCGCUAUGUCAGAGAGCACUUCACGAAACUAAACCAGGAGCUGCCGAGCGAACCGAGGGGAGGUCUACAGGAAUCGAGGGCGGAGAUGUAACUGGGGUGCGGAGCCUGUACCCCGGCGGACUUCAUCGAACUCCGGUUCGCAAAUCGCUCGAGGGAGUCAGACGACGUUUCCGGCGACUGCACGUUAUAUUAAUAAUUAUAAAUAAGAAAAUUGUUCAUCGAGAGGUGCAGGCAAUGGGUUUCAGCUCGGAUCUCUGGUGUCCGCAGAGCCACGCGGUGCUGCUGCGGCUCCAGGACUCGGAGCUGCGGAUGAUGGAGGUGAUGAAGAAGUGGAUGACCAGCCGCAUGCGGAGCGACAAGGAGUACUCCAUCCUUCUUCGCCAGAUGACCUCGCAGGUGGAGAGGCAGGAGAACAGCCUGCAGGCAGGAGGGGGCGACUACAUCAGUCAGCUCAGCAAGUCCUGGGCCACCAUCGUGAAUCAGACGGAGGCACUGAGUCGCGCCAUGCGGAAACAUUCGGACGACCUGAGCUCGGGGCCCAUUAACAAGCUCACCCUGCUGAUCCGUGACAAGCAGCUGCUGAAGAAGAGUUACACUGAGCAAUGGCAACACAUCAGCCAGGAGGUGUUGAAGAACACACAAAAUGAAGUUGAGAAACUGAAAUCACAAUAUCGCCAGCAAGCCAAGGAAGUGAGCGCAGCGAAGAGGAAACUUCAUGAGGCUAGCAAAGACAAGGAGCGGGACAAAAUGAAAGACAAGUACGUCAAGGCCACCAUGAAGAUGCACAUCCUGCACAACCAGUACGUGCUGGCCGUCCGCUCGGCCGAAGCCCACCACCAGCAGUAUUACCAGCAGGAGUUACCAGGGCUGCUCGAUGCACUGCAGCAGCUGCACCAGGAGAUGGUUCACAUCCUCAAGGACAUCCUGCAGGAGUACCAUGAGCUGACGAGCCUGGUGCAGGACGAAGUGGUGGCAGUUCACCGGGAGAUCAGCAACGCGAUCGAGGCCAUUGACCCGCUCAGGGAGUACGACAGCUUCAUCGAGCAGAACAGGACGGUGACCGAGCUGCCCCCAGUCGUUACCUUUGACGCCAGCCUCUUGGAGGACUUGGAGGACUUGCAAGUGGGCAAGUUGCAGGUGAACGACCUGACCAUCGAGUCCGUGCAGCACAGCCUAACGUCCAUCGAGGAGGAGCUGCAGACUCUGACGGAGACCAUCAACAAUCGCCAGGCCACCAGCAGACAGAUCUUCAAUGAGAUAACGGCGGAGGAGCAGUCCACGGGCUUCCGGUCACGAGUCUACAUCUUCAGCAAGAAGUGUGCUCUGGAAGAGAGUUACCAGCAGAAGAGAGCCUUGAUGUGUACCAAGGCUCGACUAGACGCCCAAAAGCUCCUGCUCGAACACAAGCUGAAGGAGUUGGGAGACAAGGAGCCCCCUGCGGCCCUGGCGGUCGACGAGGAUUGCUGUUCCGUCACCUCGGCGGGGAAGGAUGGUGUCCGGCCCAUGACCCUGGAGACACUGAAGAACCACAUCUCAGGACUCUUCAAGCCGAAGUUCAGUCUUCCCCCGCUGCUGCCCAUCGUCCCGGCGGUACAGAAGCCCCUGACCCAACAGGCCUGGUACCAUGGAGCCAUCCCCCGAAUGGAAACCCAGCAACUCCUGACCACCGAAGGAGACUUCCUGGUGCGAGAGAGCCAAAACAAGGGGGAGUACGUCCUAUCCGUGAUGUCCGGGGGACAGUGCCGCCAUUUCAUCAUUCAGCACUCGGACUCACAGUAUCGAUUUGAUGGUGACAGUUUUCCCACCAUCCCUCUGCUCAUUGACAACCUCCAAAAGACUAGACAGCCCGUCACAAAGAAAACUGGGGCAACAUUGAUCAGGCCUGUUGUGAAGGACAAGUGGGUUCUGGAUCACGAGGAUGUUCUGAUUGGAGAUCAGAUCGGCCGGGGCAACUUUGGUGAGGUGUUCAGUGGCAGGAUGAGAAACGACAACACCUUGGUGGCUGUGAAGAUGUGCCGGGAGAACCUGCCGGCCGAGCAGAAGAACAAGUUCCUGAUGGAGGCCAGAAUCCUGAAGCAGUAUGACCAUCCAAACAUCGUCAGGCUGAUUGGCGUCUGCACGCAGAAACAGCCCAUCUACAUCAUUAUGGAACUCGUGCAAGGAGGAGAUUUCUUGACGUUUUUACGGAACGAAGCCAAUCGUUUGACCACCAAAGACCUGAUCAAGAUGGCAAAGAACGCUGCUGCGGGGAUGGCCUACCUGGAGAGCAAGCAUUGCAUCCACAGAGACCUGGCUGCUCGGAACUGCUUGGUUUCUGAGAAUAACGUGCUGAAGAUCAGUGAUUUUGGCAUGUCCCGCGAGGAGGAGGACGGUGUCUACUCUUCCACCGGGGGGAUGAAGCAGAUUCCAAUCAAGUGGACGGCACCUGAGGCCCUCAAUUACGGCCGGUUCACCACGGAGAGUGAUAUCUGGAGUUACGGUAUACUGCUGUGGGAGACCUUCACACUGGGCUCAACCCCCUAUCCAACAAUGACGAAUCAGCAAACCCGUGAGGAGGUGGAACAAGGCUACCGCAUGGACUCUCCAGACUCCUGCCCAGAAGAGAUUUACAACAUAAUGACCCGCUGCUGGGAGUACGAUCCGAAGAGACGGCCGAGUUUCAGCACCAUCCACCAACAACUUGUAAACAUCAGGAAGAAGUGGAAGUGAAUCUGGAAGUUCUGCUUUCUGCAGUCAGCUGUUUCCCGAGUGUGUGUGUGGGUGUGCACUGUGCACAGGGACCAGCAGACUGGACAGUAACAUUCCAAUGCUUAACGUCUUGGGGAAGCUCUUGUCGGCAGUCCUGAUGAAGGAUCUCAGUCUGAAACAUCAACACUUUAUUCCUCUCCAUAGCUGCCGGCUGACCUGCUGAGCUCCGCCAGCAUUUUCCGUGUUGCUGAUUUGGAUUUCCUGCAGAAUCUCUUGUGUAUGUCUUGCUAGUGAUGCACAUGUAAAGUAAUUGCAAUUUUUUUUUCCUGUGUAAUGUUGUGAGAGGGUAAUACUUCCUCUCUCGGUCAGUCAGUGUCCCGAGCCGCACAUUCACAAUGUGAAGCUGUCUUUGCGCUAAGCCAGCAGUUGGGUUCAACCUUGGCUUUGGCAGACAAGCAACACUACCCUUGUGUCUCUCUUCCUCCUCUGACUGCCAGCAGGAAGCGGUGUGGGUUUGCCUGUACCUAUCGCUGCCCUACCAUUCCCUAACGAGGGGUCCAACCCCUUCCCGGGCAGUGUGGCAACAGAGGGCGAGGCAACUGCAAACAGCCUGCGAGGUGAUUAUUCAGGAUGAUAGGUUGGUGGCUGCUGAUCUUUGGUUCAAGUUCAAGUUUAAUUCCCAUUCAACUAUGCACAUGAAUACAGCCAAAAGAAACAGUGUUCCUCUGGGCCAAGGUGCAAAGCACAGAACCAACAGCACACAGCACAUGUAAUUAUCAUAGUAGAAAACACACAAUUACAAAAAAAGAAUAGCCCACAACCCCAAGUGUCAUGGCCUGUAGAUUGCUGGUGCACGGAUGUUGUCCUGGGGCCAUGUUUCUGCAAGAGCAUCCCACAGCAGUCCCUGAUAUCAUGCAAGUGCAGCCGCAGAUGAAUGCAAUCUAGCUUGUCUUUCACCAAGUGAACACUGGAGGGCAGCAUGACAGGAGGGCCAAUCCCCAACCCAGUGUGGAAUCCAGCCCUGGCAAUGAAAGGGUGUCACACCACCCUUUCAUUGCCAGUGAAGAACUGGGUCAUUCCACUGGAUGAGGCUUCACCCCAGUCUCGUGAUCCUAACUCCCUUAGGUUGGAGGGUGCAGGGAAUAGUCUCUUUCAGUCACUUCACCCAGAGCAAUGCUCCCUGUAAGGUCUGCGUGCACACACAUCUUUUGCUACUAGCGCACAAAGGAAUUUAAACUCCACACAAAAGAUCUUCACCCUUGACCUUGUUGGCAUAUUUCACGAUCGUACACGAUCACACUUCCUUUUCUGGUUUCUGAUGCAGAUGGUGUUGAUAUCGUGAAGUUUGUGAUGAUUUUCGAACUGGCUUAUUUAUACUGUUUUAAUUGAAGAAAUUAUUGAUUCACUGUGUUGAAUUCCACAGAAGCAAGUGAAGUGCAAUAGAACUGCUCGUUCAUUUAAAGCGGAAUGUUUUGUGAGAGUACAGGUGAACAAGAGCGAAAACAAUCAAACCCAGAGGAGAUCAAAGUUCCUAUUGACAGUUAUUUUAUUUCCUUUAAGUAAUGAACAACACACUGGACUUGGUAGUUUAUUGUCCUUAGAGUAGCUUCAGGUUUAUGUCCACUUAAAAAUUCAGUGCGCACAUGUUGUUGUCACUGGGCAAAAAGUUGCACAACACAAGGUGUUUGUGCACACUGGUCAUUACAAAUUAGAGGGAACGUUGACCCAGGGUGCAGACUUCAAUCCUCUCCUCCUCAUCCCCAUCUCACUCCUUAUCUAAUGACUCACCUUUACUCACUGACGUUUAGAAGAAUAUGUGGGGGGGGAUCUCAUUGAAACCUCCCAAAUGUUGAAAGGCCUAGACAGAGUGGAUGUGUAGAGGGUGUUUCCUAUAGUGGGGGAGUCUGGGACCAGAAGGUACAGCCCUCAGAUCAGAGAUGAAUUUCUUUCACCAGAGUGUGGAGAAUCUGCGGAAUUCAUUGUCAUUGUGAAGCCCGAGUCAUUAGCAUAUUUAAAGUGGAGGUUAAUAGGUUCUUGCUUAGGGUGUCAAAGGUUACAGGGAGAAGGCAGGAGAAUGGGGUUGAGAGGGAUAGUAAAUCAGCCAUGACAGAAUGGUGGAGCAGACUCAAUGGGCCAAAUGGCCUCAUUGUGUCUGAUAGUCUUAUCCAUGGGGCCACUGCCUGCCUGGUUCACGUUGGAUGUGUGAGGUGGUUCAGUAAUUGGGCUGGUAUUACAAGUCCAGGACCACUUGAAUCACAUCACCGCUGCUGAGGAAAAUUUAAAUUCAUUUAAAUAACAUCUAAGUGAAAAGACAGUAUUAAUUUCCAUGAUCUUCAGGGGACACUUUUUUUCAGGGGGAAGGAAAUCCACCAUUUUACCCAGUUUGAUCUAGUCUAGGCCUCUGAAGCGGAGGGCAAGCUGUUGAUACACAAGCCAGGGCUGUACGAAGCGGAGGGCAAGCUGUUGAUACACAAGCCAGGGCUGUACGACGCGGAGGGCAAGCUGUUGAUACACAAGCCAGGGCUGUACGAUGCGGAGGGCAAGCUGUUGAUACACAAGCCAGGGCUGUACGAUGCGGAGGGCAAGCUGUUGCCCAUGCAGCAGGCUCCUCCUCUCCACACUGCUGGGGCUCCAGCUCUGGGUUUUUCCUCGGGGUUUACUCCUGAAGCCUUCCCCAUGAGUGGGUACAGCCACAAGGCAGUGGAGGUUUGAGAUCAGAGUUUUCUGUUUGCUAGAUGAGCUGCCAACCACAGCUGACGAGCCUCAUUUGCCCAGAGUGACUGGUUUUAAGGUGACUGUAACCCACCUUUGUCCAUUCUCCUGUCAGCAGGAACGGUUCCCCUAGGCUUGGUAACUGAGCCACAUGUGAAGUCCAGGAGCUGGACUUGGUUGUCAGAGGCUAUUGGAAACACUUGUCAUAGGGAGCAUUUAAUAGGCAGUGGGCAUCCCCACUAACCUCCCCCCACCCCCCCGGAACGAUCAGACUGAUGCCAGAGCCAGUAACACAGCUCUGUGGGUCUACUCCCUGUUCACGUGCUGACAUUUCCAGCAUCAUCCAGCUCCUGGGAGGGUUGCUUGUGGCAUAGUACAGAGGCUAUCAGUGUCUGCACCAGAUACAAUGUCAGAUUAAGCUAAAUCUCUUCUGUGUGCUCAUGACCAAUUACUCUCCAGUUUCUGCAUAUUCCUCCUCCUCCUCAAGCCUGUCAGCCCUACUGGGGCACAGGCUGCCGACGGCAGCUCACCAGAGUCGUCUGGCCUGGCCAGUCUUUCAAAGUGUAGCCCAUGGAGGAGCAUUCCUCUCUCCGGGAUGAGGUCACCAGAGCUUCGCUUUGCGUUUCUAAAGCAGUGUUUAUUUAGCGAAUGAGUUUACCCAAUCCUCCUCCUCUCGCAGCCUGAGUUUCUGCAUAUACCUGUCCCUACCUAGAGCCUCUCACUAUCGAGCCAGCAAGGAGAACUCAAGAUCCCAGGAGGUUGAAAUGUGGACCAUUGUCGCCCCACACUUCCAGCGCCAGAUAGCAUGCUCACAACUGACUAACCCUAACCCUGCUUGACUUUGGGAGGAACCCAGAGGAAACCUACCCUGCUACAGGGAGAAUGGCCAAACUCCCUCAGGGCAGUGGCGGAAAUUGAACCUGGGUCACUGCGCCAGCCUCUGUUACCACACAGUUUAACGUUGAGCCAACGUAGCUGGAGCAUGGUGGAGCCCUCAAAAAUUUCCACAGUCGGGCAAUUAAUUUUGGGGACAUUUGCCAAACAAUUCCAACCCAAUUGUGUAAAAUUCCCGUGUGCACUAGCCUGUUGAAUUGUGGUCUCAGAUCAAAUGAUCUACUGUUUCAAUACUCCGUUCUGCAGAGAUACCCAAAGCUUCUGGCCUGAUCUGACCACCAGUAGCACCCCCAUUCUCUCGUCCAGUCCAAGGAAUGGAGCCUUCGUAUUUGUACUUGACUUUUUCUUUGAAUGUAUUGACUUUGAAAUCUAGAAAAGUGAUGUCUUCCAAUUGUUUGGUAAAAUUACACCAAGAAGGUCUGAUAAUGUCAGCAACAAAUUAAUGGGAACAUUAACUGAAAUUUGAAGAAACUACAUGCAGAGCCAAAACAUUUGCUCCUUGUGUACCCCGUGCCCCUGUGUAAGGAAACUGCAGCCAGCUGCUUGAUAAUAAAGCUUAAAAUGGUGUGUUUUAAACGUCAGACUCGGGUGUUAAAAUGGUUCUGUGGAGUGUGUGGCGAGAUAAACACAAC